AUGAGAAGUAAAUAUGAAAGCCAUAAUUUAUUUGACGAAGGAUAAGAAAAAACUGCCCCAACAUCAUAGCUAAAAAGCUUAGACUGGAAAGUUUCUUCAGAAUACUAUUUAAAUUCAAUAAAGUAGUAAUAAGACCAUUGUUAAGGAAACUAUUAAUAAUUCUUUUAGUCAUAAAUUUCUUAAAAAAAGAAAUUUACAUUUAAAUCCCAUCAACAUGAACUGGCCUUUACUUGCAAAUUAAAUUAAAUUUUCUAAUGCAGUGUAUGUUAAAGUCCUGUGCUCAGAUAUUUUUGGAAAUGUGAUUAAUGCAAAUACUAUAUAUGUUUAAACUGUUCUGCUGAUGUCGAUACAUUUAAAGAAUUUUAUGAAUCCUUGACGAAACCUCAGUUCUGUUUUAUUGAUUAUUAUAGAGAAUAAGAGAGUAAGUUAUUAUUCAUAAAGCAUUUAGUGAAGCCCAAUGACGUAUGUUAUAUAUGUCGCUAUCCUAUUAAGCUUUAUUCGUGGAGUGAUUUAAAAUUGGGCAAACAUGCUUGUUUAAAUUGUGCAAAUUCAUUUAAUUCUGUAUUGCCUGUAGAUCCACUUACAUAUAAAUAGAAAUUCGAAAAACCAAAAUAAAAUUAAAUAGAAUUAAAUUUAUGA